UGUGAUUGGUUGAGAGGGCGGGACUUCCGACGGCACAGGUUGGACAUAAAGUGACAGACUUCAUCUCCUUAAAAUUGGAAGAAAAACCGAAGGACGACGCGUUACAAGUUUUAAAACAAUUGGAAUGAUCUUCAGACAUGGACGACAUAAACCUUCAUUAUCGCUUUCUGAACUGGAGGAGGCGAAUUCGUGAAGUGCGAGCGGUGCGAUACCGGGAGCAGCUCAAAAGGAUGCUCAAAGACGGGGACAUACUCAGGUAUCAUGGGAAUUCAGAUGAAGUUGGCUGUUUUGUGGCAGCCAGGCCAUUGUCAAGAAGAAAUCGCUAUUUUGAAGUGACCAUUAUCGAUACAGGAGUGAGGGGAAUGAUUGCUGUCGGUUUGGUACCUCAGCUCUACAAGUUGGACCAUCAGCCCGGCUGGCUCCCACACUCUGUGGCUUUUCAUGCUGAUGAUGGCAAGCUGUAUAAUGGCAACACUGUAGGACAGCAGUUUGGUCCAAAAUGCUGCAGAGGUGACAGAAUCGGCUGUGGAGUAUCUCUGGACUCUGAUGAUAGACAGUUAACUGUGUUUUUUACCAAAAAUGGCAAAGAGGUCGGCAGUGUGGAAAUCCCAGCAUCUCCUGAUGCUCUCUACCCGGCUGUGGGAAUGCACUCUUUGGGGGAAGAAGUACAGCUGGACCUGAACGCUGAAUGUGGGAUCGAGGAGGAUGAUGGACAGAUGAUUGUGGAUAGUCAUGAAGAGGACUGGGGCCGUCUCCAUGACGUCAAAGUGACCGGCACAGUAAGUCCUGUUGCUGAGAGAUAGACAAAAAGAAAAAUGUAUUAAAAAAAAUGGACAUUCUUUUUUUCCCAUUUCUGUUUUAUUCAGGUCUGCCAGUCAAAGACAUUAAAUAUACAGUAAAAUAAAAAUGUGAGAGGUUGUCUCCCUUGUUCAUGCUGUGUAAUGAUUGGUUGGGAGGAUGAAGCCGAACGAGAAUUUUUGUACACCAGAUUAUUGGUCUGGAAUACAUCAGAAAGCUUUAAUUAAUGA